AUGCUGUCCAUUUUUCGAAAUACAGCAUUCUGCGACUCUCUUCCAUCUUUUGAGGAACAGUGCCGGCAGGCACUUAGUGACGAAGUCUUGACGAAACUGGUUGCUGACAAUCGCUCACCUCGCAAGAGCGAACUGAACUCAAUCCUAAAGGGCGAUGGGGAUAUCGGCGAAGAACUGAAAAGCGGCGUCGAUGAUUACUUACUACAUCAACACCUUCGCCAUGAAGUUGCAAUGUUGCUACUACGCGAAGUGCAAGAGUUGUGGAAGAAAAAGCCAGACUGGAGCGUCCUCAACGUGAUGCAUGUGAAAUGGAUCGUGAAAGUUGCUUGUAGUGGACAGUACUCGAAAGAAACAGCUGAGCGUGCUGAUCAGGAACUCAACAAGUUGGGCGCAGAGCAAGCUGCAGAAUCUCGUUUCUGUUAUCUUUCGGAAACUUUGUUGAGUGGAGCCACA